AUGUCUGCCUUUCUUCCUAAAGAUAAGAUUUAUGGAAGUGAACAAGCAAAUGACAAUCGAAUGAUUACUGUUAUUAGGUGGAUUGUGGAAGCAGCAAAUCGACGUCUCAAACAAUUCAAAUAUCUGGAUGUGAUUGUUCCAAAUUCUACUCUUCCUUACAUAUUUGAUUACAUUUCUAUUGUUGCAGCUCUGAUCAAUGCAUUUCAGCCUCCUUGCAUUCAGGAUACAGCAAAUGAUCAAUAUACUGCAGGAGAAAUGCUUCAAAGAAGAAAUAAAAAGAAUGUUUUGGAGGAGAAAUUGAAUGAUAAAGAAUUUCUUAAAGUGAAAAAGUGGGAGAAGAUGGAAGAUGCUACAGCUGCUCCAAAAUUUCCACCUAUGAGGUUAGCUGUAUUAAAUGACAUUACUCUUGGAGUCUUCUCUGUCAAACAAGCCAUUUCUUAUGUUAACGAGCAUAUAGAUGAAAAUGGAACUAUGAAAUUCUUCAUAUUAUGGUAUCUUGGUUAUGCGCGGUACGAUAUCGCAAAAGUCACUCAGCGAUCGAAAAAUUAUCUACAAGCAUUUAUCGACGCUCAAACUGCUCCCUCUUCAGAUGAAGAUAGUGAUGAAGAUAAUCUUACCCUGUAUUCUUUGGCCUAA